CAAUAAAAAAAGUGUUUCUGCCGCAAAUUUUAAUCCGGCGUAGUCAGCGUAGUAUUAUUUUCUUCGGCGUAGUUGACAAAUUUUUUGACAAAAAUAUUUUUCACAAAUUUUCCGCUAAAAAAAAUAGUUAAAGUUCUUUUGGUAAUUCGCAAUGGCAGAUCCCAAGUUCCUCAAUCUCCCAGGAAUUGUUUACGACCAACCGGAUGUGUACGAGACCCCUGAUGUUCCGGAAGUUGAGACAUCGGACUACUACGAGGAGGAUCCGGAGAAUAGUGCAAUUGAGUCCCUUCAGCUAUCCACGAAGGAUUCCUUCAACAAGUUCAAGGGGAAAUACUUGAAGGGCGACGUUGACUUCUCUGACAAGAUAAGUAAACGGAAUCGCACGGGCUACACUUCGAGAUCGGGAUUGUGGGAGAUUAAUGGUGAGGGCGAGAGAGAGACUCCACUGCAGAAGUACAGGCGUCUACAGUGUGAGAUGCACGAGUUGCUGGAUGAGAUGUCUGCCAUUCAGGCCAAUGCGGAGACUUCAAAGGAGGAAAAGAAGAGCUAUGAAGUCAUUUCGGGUGUUGUAACAUCCGCCACGAAAGUUUUGCAGUGUCUGCACUUUGAGGAGGUGUUGGGGAAGGAGAUGGCAUCAAAGAGUACGGAAGCGGAGCUGAAGAAGCUCGUGACGCAGGUUGAGCAGUACAAGAAGGGUGAUGCUGUGAUGCCACCCAUUACGGAUAUUCAGCUAGCGCAAGAGAAUCGUAUUGCUGAGCUGGAGCAUCGGUUGUACACGCUGGAGAAGGCUGUUGGGGCAAAGCCUGAGAAGCUAAAUCGCCUUAUUGGAGCUCUUGGUGUGAGCAACCUCCUUGCCGGGGUACAGCAACUCUCUGCAAAGGCAGCUCUCUUGCAGCCGGCUCAGCUGGAUCUCCUUGAAACGCGACUCCUUGGCCUGGCUGGGAAGAUGAAUGCUGUGGCAGAGAAGACCAGUCCGACGCCUCAGGAGAGUGACAGGGAUGCCAAAGUGAUGGAGCUGUACAAGAUUGCUAAACGAACGGAACCCAUUGUGCAGAUUCUACCCGAAAUGGUGGCCCGGAUGCAAUCUCUCGAGGCCCUUCAUAAGUACUCAUCGAACUUUAGUAAAGCCAUCGCGGAGCUGGAAGCAAGUCAGACAAUGAUUCUCACGGGAUUAUCCCAGAAUAAAGUGCUGCUGCAGGGAAUUCAGGAAACCUCCGCUGUGCAAUUUGAUAAUCUCCAGAAGGAAGUGAAGAAGCUCGAAGAAAGGCUCAAUGCCAUCAAGCUACCCAAGUAAAUCAUCAGCUACCCAGCAACUUCUACGCUUCCCGCUUCAUUGGCACGUAAUUUAAUAAUAUUAUCCAUUUAAAUCAUUUUAUUAUUAUAUUUCUCAAUAAAAAUAAAAAUAUUUCUCAAGCAA